AGGAACUUCUUAUCACUUCUCUACACGUCUUUUCAUCUCACUACUCCAAAGACCUGAAGAAAAUAGUUUCUGCCUCUCCUGAAGCCCAGAGAUGGCUGCAGCUCUGAGUCUUCUUCUCAUUGGCUCUCUGCUGCAAGGUGCUCUGUGUGGAGAGUUCAAGGCAUCUAUUCCGCGGAAGAUCGAGGUUCUGAGUGGAUCCUGUGUGACCAUCCCCUGCUCCUUUGACAUACCGGCCGAACACAAACCAAACUUGGAUAACACAUGCAAAGCAGUGUGGAUGAAGGAUCAAAACAUUGUUGUCUUUGACAGCACCAAAAAUGGAGAACUGAUAGGAAACUUAACAGAAAAAACCUGCACCACGACCCUGAACAAGAUAGCAACUGAUUACAUAAACUCAUGUGUCAUCUUCAGAGUGGAUUGCAACAAUAAACUGAAAUUUAGUUUUACUGAAUCAAAACUGUGUAUUUCAGUCAACGCUCAUCCUCCCAGUCCGACUCUGACUCCGUCCACACUGAAGGUGAAGGAGGGAGACUCAGUGAGAUUGUCAUGCUCGGCUCCAGCUCCCUGUCUGUCUCAUCCUCCAACUCUGACAUGGACCCCCGACCUGGGUGGCAGUCAGGAGACACUGCAGGACAAUCAGGACAAAACUAAAGUCAAGAUCUCUAACGUUACCUUCACUGCUUCUCACCUCCAUCACAGGAGGGAAAUCUCCUGUACUGCAGUCUACAACAAACAAGAUGGCAGCACUGAGUCAUCUGUUAGCACGAGUUUAACAGCUGACGUUUCAUAUUCCCCCAAACACACCACAGUGUUAGUGAAUCCCUCUGGUCCAGUGUUAGAGGGCAGGAAUGUGUCUCUGACAUGCCGCAGUACUGCCGACCCAGCAGUAAGGAACUCCACCUGGUACAGAGCUGAUGGAGGCCAGGAGACUUUUAUUGGGACCGGAGCAGUUUUAAGCUUUAACGUAUCUAAAGAAGACAGUUCUUUUUUCUGCAAGGCUGAAAAUGAUAUUGGAGUUGGACGAUCCAACCUCCGUCAAAUAGAUGUUCAGUUUGCUCCACAGAUCCUGCCCUCAUCUAACUGCAGCAAAGCUGCAGCCCAGCUGAGUUGUUCCUGCAGGACAGUGGGAAAUCCUUCUGCCACUUUACAGUGGUAUUUGGACGGGCAACCGGUCAAUCACUCUGACAUGUUCGUAAUAAGCAACACUUUGAAUGACAAAAACCAGAUGAGCAUCAUCACCGUCAAUCAACCGCAGGAUUGGGAUCGUUCCACCUUGCUCUGCCGCAGCUCCAACUCUCUGGGAUCUGCCAGUCAACAAUUUUGUAUUAACAGCCAUAAGGCUCAAACAUCUGCACAAAGUCAAGACAGAGUGAUGAUGCCAGUCUUCAUCACCACAGUUGUCGCUCUACUAUUACUCGUAUGUUCUCUGCUGUGCGUUAUCAGGACUCAGAAGACUCACCAUAACCUUCAGAAGAGUCAGUGCACAGGUGACACCAACACCGUUAAUGUGAGCCAACUUUUAACAAGUGGAGAUGGAAAUGAGGUACCCAACACAACCGAAGAGGACAUUUACGUCAACACUAAUGUUCUGAGACAGACGGAUGUCCCCACCCCUGCAACUAUCUCUGAGCCAACCAGAGCGAAAUUGCCAAGCUCUGGACUAAACAAUGCACGGGGAGACAGUAAAAGCUUAAAGACGCAGAAUGAUGAAGGCAACGAUGUGAUAUACUCUAGUGUGAAUUGGAAGCCUAAGAACAAGAAGAAUAAGGGAGAAGACAAUGUGGACACGCACCAGCCUGGUAGCUCCUAUCUGGAGGAGGAGAGGUGCAUGGUGGGAGACAUAGGCAGAGGUUUUGUGGACAACGCACUAUAUAUGGGAAGCCUAUAUGACAAAGUGAAGCCUAGAAAUGUGGAGAAGGAAAGUGAAUAUGCCCAGGUUAACUAUAAAAACAGUGGUGUGAUGCACAAAUAGAUCACAGUUCUAAAUUGCUCUGCCAGUUAUGUAAUUUGUACUUUUUAGAACGUCUUGCUCUAUUGUGUUAUAUUUUCUUUUUUGUAACACUUAUGUUAAGCUCAUGGGGUUUUUAAGAUCUUGACCAAUUUUACUACAUAAUUAAAUUCUAAGUGCCAAAUAGUAAUAAUCAUAAUAUUUUUCACAA